GCAAUAAAACAGGUCAGCUCUUGCACCUACUCAGGCUGCGCUGCCAGCAUCGCUGUUGUUUCAGGGCGUAAAAGAAGCUAAAACUCCUACAGUAAGUACUGCUUUGAGAUCAAACGGGAGCCUGUCUCCGCCGGAGCCGGAUUUACCUGAGACACCAUGUCGGUGGGUGGCCGCGUCUGACUGACCCGGAGCAGGCUGUGUGCACAGCUGUCGCGAGGCUCAGCGGGGUCAGUCCUGCCAAUGCGGUACAAUCAAAGAGAUAGGACGCGGCUGCAGAGCCUGGGGGCCGAGUCUGCAGUGCAAAGCACAUCCUUCCCACAGGGGAGGGAAUUAGUCUUUUAUGUGGCACCGCAGUCAUCUCCAGACACUGAAUCAUUCCUCGGUGAACGGAUCAUGAUUCACGGCUCCGGAGUCAUAAAGGAAACAUGUGACCGUGUCAGCUCCAUCCUGUAGCUUUACACACUGGGGGCUUCACUUAAAGCUGUGUCACCUUACUGUGCCUCUACAACUUUAACGUGAGAAAAAGUCCCCUUUGCCUCCGGUUCCCAGUGACUUUAAAGAGUACAGAAAAUAUAAAUGUCCGUUAUUACCACAAAAUUGUCUCCAUUCCACGUAUUGGAGUCCGGAUUGCAACAUAUAUUAUAUAAAACAUUCAGAAAGAAAAGUGAAAGUCUGGCAUUUUAAUUUUUGCCUCGUUAUACCGUAAUAUAUGUAAAUAAAAUAUACGUACUUAUUGGCACCAACUUUACGAAAAAUACGCAAACGCACAGGGCUACUUUGCGUUGUUUGUCCGUCUUUGUUUUUAGCGCCAUUUCCCUUUAAAACAAGAUUAUCGUAACCUCAACGAUUAAAAGAUCACAAGCUGCAGCAACAGAGGAGUCAGUGUGAACGGGGGCGUGCGCUUUGCGCCGCUGACAGAGGUGAAAGCUGGUGAUUUGGGAGGAGGCGGGCUGAGUCAGAAAGUGGCCCGUCCGUGACCGGACCCACUGGGACCAUGGAGCCUGGACCCGUUUGCCGGUGUUUGCUUGUGCCGGUCGUGUUGUGUAUCUACGCGAAUCGGAUCGUCUGCGGCGCAUCGGACCGGCGGACGUUCAACACCGGGCUCCGGGUGAAGGACCACUCGCACAUUGUUGCCCAGCACAAUAGACUGCGCAGUCGGGUGGAACCCAUGGCAGCUAACAUGCAAAAAAUGGAGUGGGAUGAGGAUCUGGCCUCGCUUGCAGCACAGAGAGCAGCGACCUGUCACUCAGACCCCUCCCCUCAUCAACCACCACUCCAUCACAUUGGCUGGAACACACAUUAUUCUGCCUAUGGCUCCCACCCAUUUUAUGACGUCAUCGACUCCUGGUUUGAGGAGGGAAGAGACUUCCUCUAUGCGACAGGACAAUGCAAAGCGAACGCCACAUGUCAACACUACACGCAGCUGGUGUGGGCCACCUCCAGUCGAGUGGGCUGCGCCAGCCAGACGUGUCCGAAGGGAGGAGAGGUCUGGACGACGUUUGUCUGUGCAUAUCACCCCGGGGGGAACUGGGAGGUGAAUGGUUUGCUGGUGACGCCCUACAAGUCAGGACUGUCCUGCUCUCUCUGCACCUCUUCCAUGUCCGGCUGCCUUAGACUGUGGGACCAUGUGGGUGGACUGUGUGAGAUACCGCGAAACCCAUGUCGCAUGAGCUGUGGUCAACAUGGUCAGCUCAACAUCUCAUCCUGCAAGUGCAAGUGCGACCCAGGCUUCACAGGACACUUCUGCCAAGUGCGGUGCAGUGUGCCGUGUGUACGCGGCCGCUUCAGAGAAGAAGAAUGCUCCUGCUUGUGCGACGCUGGCUAUGGUGGUGCUGAGUGUGCAGAGAAGGUGCAGUUUCCCCUCCACAGCUGUGACGUGAUGAUAGAUGGAGACUGCUUCGUGGUGUCUUCAGAUGCUGAGGGUUACUAUGGCGCCAGGAGCCGGUGUCAGCAGGAGCGAGGAGCCAUUCUAGCUCACAUCUACAACCAGAAGGUUCAGGACAUGCUGGCUUUUUAUCUCAGUCGACUGGACACCAGCAACGAGGUCCCCAACGCUGACUUUGAGACGCGAAACUUUUGGAUUGGGUUGACAUUUAAGCCGCCGAAAGAGUCAUUUCGCUGGGACACAGGAGAAAAGCCCAGUUUCAGCAGCUUUGCCUUUGGGCAACCUGACAACCAGGGUUUCGGAAACUGUGUGGAGCUGCAAGCAUCCAGUGCUUUCAACUGGAACGACCAGCGCUGCAGAACACGGAACCGAUACGUGUGCCAGCACGAAGGAAUGAGCUGCAGGGACAUGGAGAGGAGGAGCUCAGGAGGGAGAAGCCGGGCUCUGCAGUGACCGGACAGAGAAGAACCCUGAAUAAACAUUGACUGAAAGGACUGAGCUGCAGAGCACAUUGCCCUUUGGGACAACGGCACGUGAUGAACCUUGAUUUCCCAGAGGGUGGAAGCAGGUGCAGCACUUGGUCGGGACACUGUUGUUGACAUGAUGUGCGUGUGUGUGUACAUUUUCAUGUCUGAAAUAU